AUGAACCCAAGUCAAGUUUUGAAGCAAAACAGAAGUUUGUAUGGAUUAGCUGCCGCGACGUGGUUCAAGAUGUUUUUAAGUUUUUUCAAGAACAUGGGUUUUGUGGCAUGUGUUACAGACCCGUGUGUUUUCGUCCGUCACAAUGGACACCUUUUGUGGAUUUACGUGACACUGUAUGUCGACGAUAUGAUGAUUGGAGGUACUUCUGAUAUGCUAAUUGACAAAGUUGCGGAUGAAUUUUCUAGUCAUUUCAAGUUAAAGACGCUCGGAAAUGUGAGAUUUAUUCUCGGCAUUGAAGUGGAGUAUGCACACCAGACAAAGAAACUCAAGAUCAGUCAAGCUGCGUGCAUCAACAGAAUGAUCGUCAAAUUCAAUCAAGUUGGGGCGAAAGCGGUCCACAACCCAAGUGUGAUGGUCAAGUCAUGCUCAAGUGCGAGAAAAGAAUCCUAA